AUACAUACGGUUUUGAACCCGAAAUAUCGAAGGAUACAGAAGAGCAAAUUUCAGGGAGAGAGAAGAGAGUAAGAAAUAACGAAGAAGAAUAAAAAUGCAAUCUCUGAGUUUGAAAGUUUUUAAUACAGGAGGAUGUGUAAUGGAAAGAAGAAACUGUAAUAAUAAUUAUUAUUAUUAUUGUAAUAAUAAUAAAAGGAAAUGUAAUAUAAUUGUUGCUUGUUCUUCUCCUUCAUCAUCAUCGUCGUCGUCGUCGUCUUCAGAGAAAAAAAAUGGAGAAAAAAAUCAAACAUUGAGUGCUUAUAUUUCUAGUAGUCAAACUUAUGCUCUUUUGAAACAGAAAAUGGAAGUAGCUGCUAAAUCUGAGGAUUACAAGGAAGCUGCAAGGAUUCGUGAUUCAAUGAGAUCGUUCGAAGAAGAGGAGCCAGUGUUGCGUCUUCGUACAUUGAUGAAGGAUGCAAUCAAGAAUGAGAAGUUUGAGGACGCGGCUAGAUACAGAGACGAACUUAAGCUGAUAGCACCAUAUUCGCUCCUUAAAUGUUCAAGUGAUACAACAACCCUGGGGGUCAGAGUUCAAGUCAGGAGUGUGUACAUCGAAAGCCGAAGUCGACCUUCUAAAGGACAGUACUUUUAUGCGUAUCGAAUAAGAAUAACCAAUAACUCGGAAAGACCUGUUCAACUUCUUAGAAGACAUUGGGUAAUAACCGAUGGCAAUGGGAAGGUUGAAAAUGUUUGGGGAAUUGGUGUAAUAGGAGAACAACCCGUUAUUCUUCCUAAUACUGGUUUUGAAUACUCAUCGGCAUGUCCGUUAAGCACUCCUAGUGGUCGAAUGGAAGGUGAAUUUGAGAUGAAGCAUACUGACAAACUAGGUUCCCCCUCAUUCAAUGUGGCAAUUGCUCCUUUUUCUCUCUGCAUUAUCGGAGAAGAGUCUGAUACCAUGUAAACAGAAAGUUGAAGCUUCUUUUGAAGAUACCUAGUGUAAGCAUAAAUUUGUAAUAAUGUCAGGGUUUUUUCUUUCUUUUUUUUUUUUGCAAGUUUGAAGGGCCUCCUUUAAUCAUGUAUGAUAAUGGUGAAAAUAUCGUUUUAAGAAGUUUUUGUUUUUCUUCUUAUUCUUCUUUCGUAAUAUGGACCACAUUAGUUUGGGGUUCGUGGGGAAGAAAGUUUUGUUUGAUGAAGUAAAUAGAUAACAAUGUAAGCUUUUGUUGUUAAAUGUAAUUUAUACAUACUUUUACUGGAA